CCGCUCCAUCAGCUGGAGCGGGGCUGGCUGUGGCGUUAGCGUCGUAGCUUCGGUGCGGGACUGGCCUGGGGCUGCGGGGCUCCGCUCCCCGGCCCCGGCCCCGGCCCCGGCCCCGGCCCCUGCCAGGCGGCGUCGACCCCGCAAACCGACCCCGCAAACCCCGCACCGAGGCCACCAUGGAAGAGAUCCUGAGGAAGCUGCAGAAAGAAGCGUCCGGGAGCAAAUACAAGGCGAUCAAGGAGAGCUGCACUUGGGCCGUGGAAACUUUGGGAGGACCAGAUACUAUUGUCAAGAUCCCACCAUACCAGCUGAGGGAGAAGUGCCUUCUUCCUCUUCAGCUUGCUUUGGAAUCCAAGAAUGUGAAAUUGGCCCAGCAUGCUCUAGCAGGGAUGCAGAAGCUUCUCUCUGAUGAGAGAUUUGUAUCCAUGGAAACAGACUCGGAUGAGAAGCAGCUGCUUAAUCAGAUCCUGAAUGCAGUCAAAGUGACUCCUUCCCUCAACGAGGACCUGCAGGUGGAAGUGAUGAAGGUUUUACUCUGCAUAACUUACUCCUCCACGUUUGACCUGAAUGGAAGUGCAGUGUUGAAGAUCUCUGAGGUUUGCAUUGAGACAUACGUAUCUAGCUGUCACCAGCGUAGUAUUAACACCGCCGUGCGGGCGACUCUCAGCCAAAUGUUGAGUGACUUGACUUUGCAGUUACGGCAAAGGCAGGAGAACACGAUAAUUGAAAACCCAGAAGUCCCUCAAGAUUACAAGAGCCAAGGAUCGACAGUAGAAGCUCUCUGUGAUGAUGUUGUCUCUGUCCUCACUGUCUUAUGUGAGAAACUUCAGGCCGUUAUCAAUGAAAAUCAGCAGUUGCAGCUUCUCUAUCUAGAGUGCAUUCUGUCCAUGCUCAGCAGUUCCUCCACCAGCAUGCACCACCACAAAGCCUUCACUGACCUCAUUUGGAAGCAUCUGUGCCCAGCUCUCAUAGUGAUCCUGGGCAACCCCGUCCAUGAUAAAACCAUCACUUCUGCCCACAGCAGCGGCCCCAGCUUUGAGCCCAUCUCCCCUUCGUCAGGGGUCUCUGACCACGGCCGUGGUUCGGGCUGCUCCUCCACGGCCCCGGCCCUCAGUGGUCCCGUGGCUCGGACCAUCUACUACGUUGCAGGGGAACUCGUGCGAUUGGUGGGGUCGGUGGAAUCCAUGAAGCCAGUGCUUCAGUCUCUCUACCAUCGAAUGCUGCUGUAUCCCCCACCACAGCAUCGAGUGGAAGCCAUCAAAAUCAUGAAAGAGAUACUCGGUAGUCCCCAGAGACUCUAUGAUUUGGCAGGACCCAGCUCUACUGAUCCAGAAUCCAGAAGAAGAACAGUCUCCAAAAGGAAGUCACAUCUGGAUCUUCUCAAACUUAUCAUGGAUGGAAUGGCUGAAGCCUGCAUAAAAGGUGGCAUUGAGGCUUGUUAUGCCUCCGUGUCUUGUGUCUGCGCCCUGCUCGGUGCUUUAGAUGAACUAAACCAGGGAAGAGGCUUGAAUGAGGACCAGGUCCAGCUGGUUCUCCAGCGCCUCGAAGAACUGAAGGAUGGGGUGGAGUCGAACCGAGACUCCAUGGAGAUCAACGAGGCUGAUUUCCGGUGGCAGCGGAGGGUGUUGUCCUCCGAACACACCCCAUGGGAAUCGGGAAAUGAGAAAAGCCCCGAUAUCAGCAUCAGUGUUACCACAGAUACGGGCCAGACUACUCUGGAGGGGGAUAUGGGGCAGACAACGCCAGAGGACCACCCUGAGGAUCAGAAGAAUGUUUUGCAAUCACCAGAGGUCCAGGAGAGAAAGGAACUUCCCAGUAAAGAACCAGAGUCAGAAGCCAUAGACCAACCAGAUGUCGUUCAAAGGAGCCACACGGUUGUUUACCCGGAUAUCACCAACUUCCUGUCAGUCGACUGCAGGACUAGGUCCUAUGGAUCCAGAUAUAGUGAGAGUAAUUUCAGUGUAGAUGACCAAGACCUUUCAAGGACUGAAUUUGAUUCAUGUGACCAGUACUCCAUGGCUGCAGAAAAGGACUCGGGCCGGUCAGACGUGUCAGACAUCGGGUCAGACAACUGCUCGCUAGUGGACGAGGAGCAGACGCCACGGGACUGCCAGGGUCACAGGUCACUGCGCACUGCUGCGCUCUCCCUGAAGCUGCUGAAGAACCAGGAGGCUGACCAGCACAGCGCCAGGCUCUUUGUCCAGUCCCUGGAAACACUCCUCCCCAGGCUCCUGGCUCUCCCCAGUGUGGAGGAGGUGGACUCCGCACUCCAGAAUUUUGCCUCGACCUUCUGCUCAGUUAUGCACCUAGUCCACGCCCCCAAAGUGACGUCAGUGGAAAAUCCAAGAAGCCAGCCGCCCAGACCUUGCAAACCCUCAAGAGGUUUGAUUCAGUCUCCAGGGUUCGAUGGGAACAGUAACCUCAGUUUCCAGACACUGAUGAGUGCGGACAGCCUCUAUGGGGUCUCCCACUAUACUCUUUUACUCAACCUGAAGCUGUCCAAUGGUGAUUACUACCGAAAGAAGCCAACCAUCGCUCCCGUGACGCUGAAAGAAUUUAUGAAGCAGGUCCAAACCAGUGGAGUCCUGAUGGUCUUUUCCCAGGUCUGGAUUGAGGAACUUUACCAUCAGGUGCUCGACCGGAAUAUACUUGGAGAAGCUGGAUACUGGGGAAGCCCCGAGGAGCAUAACCUUCCCCUCAUCACCAUGUUGACCGACCUCGAUGGAUUGGAGAGCAGCGCGAUAGGCAGGCAGCUGAUGGCAUCAGCUUCUGCUGAAUCUCCUCCCACCCAGAACAGAAGGCCAGAUGAUUCCCUUGUAGCAGGUGUUGCAUUUGCCCGAUACCUCCUUAUCGGCUGCUGGAAGAACAUGAUUGAUACGCUAUCCACACCUCUGACCGGCCGCAUGGUGGGAAGUUCUAAGGGUUUGGCAUUCAUCCUGGGGGCCGAAGGCGUCAAAGAGCAGAACCAGAAAGAACGAGACGCCAUUUGCAUGAGCCUGGAUGGGCUGAGGAAAGCAGCCCGGCUGAGCUGUGCCUUAGGAGUGGCUGCAAACUGUGCAUCGGCCCUUGCUCAGAUGGCGGCUGCUUCCUGCGUACAGGAAGAGAAAGAGGAAAGGGAAGCUCAAGAACCAAGUGACACCAUAACCCAAGUGAAACAGAAAGUGGAACAGAAGCUGGAGCAGAUUGGGAAAGUGCAAGGGGUGUGGCUUCACACAGCCCACGUGCUCUGCAUGGACGCCAUUCUCAACGUAGGCUUGGAAAUGGGAAGUCACAAUCAAGACUGCUGGCCGCAUGUAUUCAGAGUCUGUGAGUACAUCAGCACCUUGGAGCACACCCAUUUCAGCGACGGCACAGCCCAGCCCCCGCUGACCAUCAGCCAGCCCCAGCAGGCCUCCGGCGGGCCAGGACCGCAGGAAGGGCACGGUGCUGAAGACCCGGCGUCCCAGGAGUCGAGCGUUGAGCAGGAGACCUCACUGAGGAACACUCCCAUCAUCCAGCCUCCUUCCAUUCAGGAGCUGAUCAAGGAGGGCAGCAAGGGCCGAGCGCUGGACUUCCGGGGGGGCAGCCUGAUGAGCGGGAGCAGUGCCGCCAAAGCUGUCCUCACCCUCUCCACGCAGGCAGACAGGCUCUUUGAAGAUGCUGCUGACAAGCUGAACCUCAUGGCGCUCGGAGGUUUCCUUUACCAGCUGAAAAAAGCUUCCCAAUCCCAGCUGUUCUACACAGUCACAGACACCGUCGACUACUCUCUAGCAAUGCCAGGAGAAGUUAAAUCCACCCAGGACAAAAGAAGCGCUCUCCACUUGUUCCGCCUCGGGGAUGCGAUGCUCAGGAUUGUACGGCGCAAAUCCCGACCCCUCCUCCACAUCAUGCGCUGCUGGAGCCUCGUGGCCCCCCAUCUGGUGGAGGCGGCCUGCCAUAAGGAAAGGCCCGUUUCCCAGAAGGCAGUGUCUUUUAUCCACGCCAUCCUCACGGAGGUUCUGACAGACUGGAGCGAGCCCCCUCAUUUUCACUUCAACGAGGCGCUGUUCCGCCCAUUCGAGCGCAUCAUGCAGCUGGAGCUGUGCGACGAGGAUGUCCAGGAUCAGGUUAUCACAUCCAUCGGAGAGUUGGUGGAAGUGUGUUCCGCACGGAUCCAGUCUGGAUGGAGGCCUUUGUUCAGUGCCCUGGAAACAGUACACUGCAGCGACAAGUCUGAAAUGAAGGAGUACCUUGUGGGUGACUACUCCAUGGGCAAGGGUCAGGCUCCCGUCUUUGAUGUCUUUGAGGCAUUUCUCAACACAGACAACAUCCAAGUCUUUGCCAAUGCAGCCAUCAGUUACAUUAUGUGCCUUAUGAAGUUUGUCAAAGGAUUGGGGGAAGAAGAUUGUAAAGAGGUGGGUGGUGACUGUGGCCCGGGGUCAGGAUCCACAUCUACAGAUUUGUGCCUUCCUGCGCUGGACUAUCUGCGGCGAUGUUCUCAGUUGUUAGCCAAAAUCUACAAAAUGCCCUUGAAGCCAAUUUUCCUUGGGGGACGCCUUGCUAAUUUGCCCCGAAGAGCCCAAGAGCGAUCCGCCAGCAGUGAGGAUGGGAUCGAGUCAGUGCUUUCUGAUUUUGAUGAUGACUCUGGUCUUAUAGAAGUCUGGAUCAUCCUGCUGGAACAGCUGACAGCUGCAGUAUCCAACUGUCCUCGUCAGCACCAACCCCCAACUCUGGAUUUGCUCUUUGAGCUGCUGAGAGAUGUGACAAAAAUACCUGGCCCUGGGUUUGGCAUCUAUGCUGUCGGCCACCUGCUCCUUCCUGUGAUGUCCCUUUGGCUCCAUCGAAGCCAUGCCGACCACGGCUACUGGGACAUGGCCGCUUCAAAUUUCAAGCAUGCCAUUGGUCUGUCCUGUGAGCUGGUGGUGGAGCAUAUUCAAAGCUUUAUCCAUUCAGACAUUAGGUAUGAAAAUAUGAUCAACACAAUGCUAAAAGAUCUCUUCAAGCUGUUGGUGGCAUGUGUGGCAGAGCCUACAGAAACUAUUUCCAGAGUUGGUUGCUCCUGUAUUAGGUAUGUCCUUGUGACAGCAGGACCCGUUUUCACCGAAGAGAUGUGGAGACUCGCCUGCUGUGCGCUGCAAGAUGCGUUCUCUGCUACGCUGGAGCCAGUGAAGAACCUGUUGGGGUGUUUCCACAGUGGGACGGAAAGCUUCGGGAGCGACGGCUGUGAGGUGAAAGUGGCAGCUCCCUCCCCUUCCCCCAGUGCCGAGGCAGAGUACUGGCGGAUCCGAGCCAUGGCACAGCAGGUGUUCAUGUUAGAUACGCAGUGCUCCCCAAAGACACCGAACAACAAGGAAGGAUUUGAGCAUGCUCAGUCCUGUGUACUUAUCAUUGAACUGCCGUCCGACGAGAAGCCCAAUGGACAUACCCAGAAAAGGAAACUAGGAAUUCCUUUCAGGACAAUUGUAGUGAGUUUACUUUCUCAUCAAGUGCUGCUUCAGAAUUUAUAUGAUAUCUUGUUGGAAGAGUUUGUGAAAGGCCCUUCUCUUGGAGAGGACAAGGCUGUGCAGGUAGCAGACAUCAAGCUGGCUGGCUUCCUCAGGUAUAUAUCCAUGCAGAACUUGGCUGUCAUAUUUGACUUACUGCUCGACUCCUACCGGACAGCCCGGGAGUUUGACACCAGGCCAGGGUUGAAGUGUCUGCUGAAGAAAGUGUCUGGCAUUGGUGGGGCCGCCAAUCUAUAUCGCCAGUCAGCCAUGAGCUUCAAUAUCUACUUUCACGCACUGGUGUGUGCAGUUCUCACCAACCAAGAGAACAUCACAGCCGAGCAGGUGAAGAAGGUAUUAUUCGAGGAUGACGAGAGAAGUACGGAUUCUUCUCAGCAGUGCUCUUCUGAAGAUGAAGAUAUUUUUGAGGAAACUGCCCAAGUCAGUCCCCCACGAGGAAAGGAGAAGAGGCAGUGGAGGGCUCGGAUGCCUUCUCUAAGCAUCCAGCCCGUCAGCAAUGCUGACUGGGCGUGGUUGGUCAAAAGACUUCACAAGCUUUGCAUGGAACUGUGCAACAACUACAUCCAAAUGCAUCUGGAUUUGGAGAACAACGUGGAAGAGCCCCCGGUGUUCAAAGGUGACGCUUUCUUCUUCCUUCCCUCCUUCCAAUCUGAAACAUCCACCCCAUCAACAGGCGGGCUUUCUGGCAAGGAGACACCCUCAGAAGAUGACCACAGCCAAAUAAAGGACCAGCUGCCUAGUGCUGGGACCCCAAAGGGAGUCGGUGGAGAAAUACCAACGAUGCCACUGAGCCCCAGAGGGGAGAAGGACCAAGGCAAGAAGAAGGAGUGGUGGGAGAGUGCAGGAAAUAAAAUCUAUACCAUAGCCACAGACAAAACUAUUUCCAAACUGAUGACAGAAUAUAAGAAAAGGAAACAGCAGCACAACUUAUCCCCUUUCACCAAAGAUGCCAAGGUGGAAAAGAAGGGAGAGACCCUGAACGGUAGGGGUCAAGACUCGCCUCUCCCCCAGCGCCCUCAGCAGCUGGUGGACCAAGGUCAAAUGAGGCAUUCCUUCAGUGCUGGCCCAGAGAUCCUGAGGGCAGAGAAGAGACCCCGCUCGGGCUCCACGGCAAGCUCCCUGAAUAUUUCUGUAAGAGAUGCUGAGGCGCAGAUCCAGGCCUGGACCAACAUGGUAUUGACGGUUCUCAAUCAGAUUCAGAGCCUACCGGACCAGACAUUCACUGCCCUCCAGCCGGCUGUGUUCCCUUGCAUUAGCCAACUGACUUGUCACGUCACUGAUAUCCGUGUUCGCCAGGCUGUGAGGGAAUGGCUGGGAAGAGUGGGAAGGGUCUACGAUAUCAUCGUAUAGAAGAACCCCAUUUCUUAAGCAAGCAGAGACCAUCCUGAGGAUUUAGGUUAUGGCAACAAGUUCCAAUGACCAUUCCCUCCCCGGUAUGAAAUUGGCAUCCAGAAAAGAGUUCCCUGAAUGAAACAAAAAACCUUAAGCUUAAUUGAUUUUCUAAAAUCGGCCCAGUUGUUCCCGACAGGAAAGCGAUUUUUAAAUUUUGUUUCCACAGAGUCUAUGCUAUCAAAUUGUACCAUUCUAAGUCUUGUGAAUUAUUUCCUGAAGGGCAAAUAAUUUCAAAGGGCUGCAUUCUUACUGUCCGUUUUGAAGACACAUUUGCCAGUGAAAAGAUAUAACAACUUGACAUGCCAAAAUGUGCUAGUAUUUCAGGCUGGUGUAAUAAGGUCUAGAAAAUGGAAUAUCCAGUGAUGUUACAUAGUCAAAAACAGAGAGUACAUAUGACUGUAAGGAGGAAAGUCUCUUGCAGUAUUAUUCAUGGUUGUAAUAAGCAUGAAUAUCCUUUUCCCUGUACCCUACUCACCCUGCCCUCAACCUCACAGUACUUUAUGUACAUGUCUGUAAUUUAUUUUGUCUGUUUCCUCUUGUAGAUUGUAAGCUCCUUGAGGACAAGAAAGGUGUCUUAUCAACUCUGUUGUAACAUACUCUCCCAAGCAUGUAGUUCAGAGUUCCGCAGACAGUAAGCGUUCAAUAAAUUCCACUGAUUGAUUCAACUUUAGGAUGUAAAGAACUCCUAAUUGCAUCCAUAAAACUUAUGUCCCAACUUCACCUUGUGGAAUACCACUGUGAUUUUCUGUACUGAGGGGCAAAAUUCCAGCAGAUCGCAACAAUAUUAGUUCAUGGUACGAUAUCCUUUCUGACUAGAUUUGCAUUGUUUAGGAAAAUGUCAGUGGGUGUUCACCUGUCAAAACUAGCAGAGUUAAGGCCACCUAGAGUCCCAGCAAGUUUGGGAUUUAAAAAGUGAAUUAAUGAUAAGUAUGUUAAUGGGAAGCAGCAUGGCCUAGUGGAAAGAGCACAGGCCUGGGAGUCAGAGAAUCUGGAUUCUAAUCCCAGCUC